UCUUUCUAUUGGUCAUUCGGUAGCGCACGUGCAAUUCAAAACGAACUUUUUAAACUUUUAUUUUAUUUGUUAUCCAAAAACAUCUGAACAUUGCUGUUUAAUUAACAGUUAAAGCAACUUUUUGUUUAAUUAAAAGUGAAUUCAAGUUAAUUAGGUAUUUAAAUUCAGCAUCAUGGAAAACCCAAAUCUACAACAGAACGACGAGUCUAUCACAGAUCCCAGUUCCGACGAGGAAGCAUAUGAUGACAUCGACGAUGAUGAGGAAAUCGGUGAGGACGAAGGCGAACCAACGACCUGUUUGUUUUGCACCAACGUUUUGCCGACUAUUGAAACAGCAAUCGAACAUUUAAGCAAGGACCACAAAGUAGAUUUAUUGCAGCUCAAAAUGAAAUUCGAGAUGGAUCAGUAUGCAUUUAUUAAGCUGAUUAAUUAUACGCGUGCCAACAAACUAAGUGCAGAGCAACUUCUCUUAACGGAGCAGCCACUGUGGAAUGAUGAAAAGUAUCUCAAGCCCUUGGAGUACGAACCCUGGCUGUGCUAUGACUACGAUGCACUGAAGAACGGCAAUACUACUACAGGUGAAGCAGCUGAGAGCGUGCCUGAGUUGAGGCGGCGUCUGGCUGAGCAAGCCCAGCUACUGCAGCAGGCCAGCGAAGAUAUGGAACGAAUGCGCAACGAUUACAAGACGCUAUUGCAACAGGAAAAGGGCGAGAAGAUGGCAUCAGCAGCAGGAUCUGGCAAUGAAGUGGUGCGCAAUACUCCCAAGUUUGAUAAAGAAUAUUUCAAUAGCUAUUCCCAUUUUGGCAUUCACCACGAGAUGCUCAGCGAUUCGGUUCGCACCAGCAGUUAUCGCAAAGCGUUGCUGGACAACGCAAAGUAUUUGAGUGGAAAAUCUGUGCUUGACGUGGGAUGCGGCACUGGUAUCCUGUCCAUAUUUGCAUCGCAAGCAGGUGCCGCCAACGUUGUGGGCAUUGACAACUCCGAGAUUGUCUACACGGCCAUGGAUAUAGUCAGGAAAAACAAUGUGAAAAACGUAAAGCUAGUGAAGGGCAUGCUGGAGGAUACUGAAUUGCCGGAAGCCAAGUACGACGUCAUCAUAUCCGAGUGGAUGGGCUAUUUUCUGCUCUACGAGGCUAUGUUGGAUUCUAUCAUUUAUGCUCGUGAACGUCAUUUAAAGCCAAAUGGUACAAUUUUGCCAAAUCGUUGCACAUUACAUCUACUGGCCAUCAACGAGGAGUUACAUGCUCAACACGUUGAAUUUUGGUCAAAUGUAUACGAUGUGGAUAUGAGUGAUCUGCGCAAACGCAGCAUUGAGGAACCAUUGAUGGAGGUUGUGAAUCCCGAUCACAUUCUCACUGAGAGCGAGCAAAUCGCCAACUUUGACAUGAUGACGGCUGAUUUAAACUAUCCAAAUUUUACUUAUGAGUUUAGCUUAAAGUGCACGAAGUCUGGUAAAUUGGGCGCUUUUGUCGGCUACUUUGACACUUUGUUUGAACUGGAGAACAAAGUGGAGUUCAGCACAUCGCCCAGACAUACGCCCACCCACUGGAAGCAAACAGUGUUCUUUAUCGACCAGCCACAAAACGUGAAAGAAGGCGAUGUGAUCAAGGGCAGGAUUAAGUCGCGACGUCAUCAAGGCGAUGUGCGAGCGUUGCGUGUGGAUAUUGAAGCGUUCGGCAAACAUCACAAAUACACAGUGGAUUAAUUAGUUGGUCUUCAGAUCGAUCUUUAAUGCAGAAUUUCGUGUGUGGACAAAAUGUGAAACUUAAGUUUAAAGAAUAUGUUUAUAUAAAUAUAGAAUGAGUUCACACAAACACCAGGUAAGCUGGCGUUGUGUAGCGCUUGCUAAAAAACAUUACACAUAAAUCUUUAUGUAGAUAGAA